AGUGCCUGCUACCACCCAAAAAGUGCAGACGAAACUAAAUGGACGGAGAAUCUAUAUAUAGGUUUAUCAGAGAGUCACCACCAGGUGAAGUAAAUCAAGUGGUACAAGAUCUUCGAGAACUUGGAUUAACUGAUGAGGAACGUAUCCAAAAAGAACUUCAAUUGCAUCAUGAAGAUUCGAAUUCCCCUGUAACUUUAUCCAAAGAUGAAAGGGUCGUCCUUUCUGCCCAAAGUAAAUUGGACAACGGUCGCUAUUAUGAUCAACGACUACAAAAGUCAUUUGCAGUGAAUUAUGAAACAAUGGAAGCAAUUGACGUUGAAGACUAUAAAGAGAAGCCGACUAUCUCAGAGGACAUUGUUAAACAAAUCCAAAAAGUUACCUUGGAUCAUUAUUUGUCUGAUGUUUCAAUUGCAAUCAUACAGAAUGACGUGAAUGUUCAGGAGUAUAGCAUUAUACUGGUGUCUUUGAAGUAUAACCCUCAAAAUUACUACAAUGGUCGUUGGAGGUGUGUCUGCAAGUAUGACACAGAGAUAAAGAAGUUAGUUGGAACUUCGUUUAUUAGGGUUCAUUAUUAUGAAGACGGAAAUGUCUGGUUAGAUGCUGAGCGUCCUAUCGAUGUGAGCGUCAAUGAUGUUGGGAAGCUUUCAGAUGCUCUAACAGAAGUAGAGAAUGCAAACCAACGUUCCUUUAAUGUGGAACUUUCCUCAUUGAAUGAUAAAAAGUUCAAAGAACUUCGCCGGCAACUUCCUAUUACACGGCAGAAAAUCAACUGGGAGAAUGUUUUGGGAAUACGCAUGAGAAAUGCAUAAGCAGAUCAUGCACUGCUUCUCGAAACUUUAUGAAACGUAUUACUAUUCUUAGUCUGUUGCUUUUUAAACCUUAUCCCUUUUGGACUUGUAGUAGAGAUGAACAACUUUUUCUCCUUUCUUUUAUAAUAUCCAUGGUCUGUGCUUUAAAAAAGCAUUGCGUUGGUAUUCGGAAUUUAUCAAUGCUAUUCAAUGUCUUUCUGAUUUUUUUCCAUAGGCUGUGAGUUUCUUGGUUGAAUGUUCUUUUUUCCGACCUGUUAAACAGACAAUAGAAACCAGACAUUCAUUUUCUUUUUUUUUUUUCAAUGAAAAUUCUCUCAUUCUCAUGAACUCUGAUAAUAAAUAACUUACUUUUGUGCAAAUUCUCACAAUCGCAAACACAACGUACAAUGAAUCGACACCGUUUCGAUCAAGAUUAAUUAUAAUCUUGAUUUUCUUAUAUCACUCAAUGUGAAAUGUGUAUCACAUUUCCUUGAAAUACAAAGGGAUUUACACUGUGACAUUCACGGAUACAGGAAAAUAUCUGCUUUCAAGAAAUUGUACUCUCAUUAUGUGUCUUUGUUACAUAUAAUAAUCGCCUGUUUAAAAAACCCGUUUCAUAUGGACACUAUACGAUAAAUAGGAACGAUUGACAAGAACUUUUUGAUAUAAGGCAUAUAUAAUAAACAUAAUAAUUCUGUUUUCUUUUGAUUUACUUAUUUAUCGACCUUGAAAGAAAGACAACCAGUCGGAAUUGUAUCGCGUCAAAGAAGAAUCAAGGGUAUUCAUUCGUCUUGAAGAUAGAAAUUCAGCAUAUUGUUUGCCAUUUUACUAGAUAGAUUUUCAUUAAAAAUAAAAAAAUUCAUUAACCAAGGUCAUUCUUAUCAAUGAGCAUAUAACCAUGUUUGAA